UAAGUUGUCAAAAAUUGUGGGAAUAGGAAGUGCGUGACAGUCGAUUCAAAACAAAACAAUAUCACAACUUAACAGCAGCGACAAAAACACAAAACAAAACACUAGCCACCGACGGACGGACGGAUUAUUCUAUCCUAACCCUCGUGGUAGGAAUAAAUCAGCUUAGACGGAUCAGAUUUGAUGUUCGGAACAUUACGGAUCAGAUCAGAUGAGAUCGGAUCGAAUCGAAUCGGGACACUCGUUGCAGCAAGUGUAAAAAUAAUCAGAAAAUAUAGCCAGGAAUAAUUCAUAUUUUUUGUAUAACGACAAGUUUAUUGCCGUUUAAUUCGAAUCAUAUUUAUAUGAAAAUCAAAACAAAUUAAUCCGCUGCAGGGGCCAUGCAAAUUGAAUCCCCACACAGCGCUUAAUCGGUAACGGCAUAGGAAUCGGAAUUUUAGUCUGAAUCAAUCUCAAUCUCAAUCAAAAGCUGGAUCGGCAGACCUGUUAAUAGUUUAAUUUGCGGCCAUAAAUAAUAACACAAAGAUUAAUUGAUUUUCGUCAUAAAUCAGUAAAUAACCAAUCAAUUUUAAAGCGGUUGCGAUAUCACAUACCGCCCCUAUCCCGAAACCAGAGCGCCAUUCCGUUCGGUUCAGUUCAGUUCAGUUCAGUUUCUUUCCUUUCCAUCAAGUGCAAUCGGCUUGAGAAAAGUCACAUAAACAUAAACCCGGUCUGUCGGUCUAUCGGUCAGUUAGUCGUUCGUUCGUUCGUACGGUCAGAGACACAUUUACAAAGUGCUGAAAUGAAACUAUUUACCAACAAAAACCAGCGCAAUGCAAAGCUGCUGCGCUGCGCGGCACUUGGGAUGACCCUGUUGUUCUUUGGGUCACUCAUCCUGAUAUCAGAUCCAGUGCAGAGUAUCUUGGAUGUGCAAUUGAGCCUGAAGCCUGGCACUUUGCUGUACCUUUUGUGGCUCGAUCCACCGAUUGAUGUCUACAUCAAUGUCUACAUGUUCAACUACACCAAUGUGGAUGCGUUUACGGGCGGGACAGAUGCCAAGCUGAAGCUCGUUGAGGUCGGCCCGUAUGUGUACAAGGAGGUGCUGACCAAUCACAAUAUAACCCUGAACGAGGCCAACAACACAAUCUCCUAUUCGCCGCGACGUGAGUACAUCUUUGUGCCGGAGCGCUCCGUGAGCGAUCCGAAGGUCGAUCGCAUUCGUGCGCCCAACAUUCCCUUGAUGGGAGUGACCACCCUGGCCUCCAGCCUCUCGGUGUUCGCCUCGCUCGGGUUAAGUGCCGUGGCCAAGCGUCUGAAUGCUCAACCCAUACUCGAGAUGAGUGUCCACGAGUACAUGUGGGGCUACGAAGAUCAGUUGGUUCAACUGGCGGCCAAGUUUGUGCCCAGUUGGAUUGAUUUCGCCAGCUUUGGAAUCAUGGAGAAGCUUUUCCGUGAGGGAAACGAGAGCAAUGUUGUCAACAUGAAUCUGCCAGAGCGCAAGGAUAAAUUUGGCGUCAAGUUGCCCAACUCUCCGCGUGGCUACACGCUGGACAGCAUCAAUGGAGAGCGCGGAUUCUCGAAAUGGCAGUACGAUGCGAAAAGCAAUGGCACGAUGUGCAAUCGCAUUUGGGGCAGCCACGAUGCCACACUGUUUCCACGGGACAUGAACGCGCAGGACGCGUUCUACAUUUAUCGGCGCACCUUCUGCCGUCGCCUGCCCAUGAGGUUCAACACCACUCGGACACGGAAUGGCAUCGAUGCGUACGAGUUUGUGAUGGCUCCAAAUGUCUUUGACAGCGAACUGGGCAAUCCCAAUUCCUCGUGCUUCUGCAAGAACAAUCGCUGCCUCAAGAAGGGUGUGGGCAGCGUCUCGCCCUGCUACUACAGCAUCCCACUGGCCAUCACCUUUCCACAUUUCAUGCAUGGCGAUCCUAGCCUGCUGGUACCAUUCGAGGGACUCAACCCGGACGAGUCCCGCUUUGGCUCUACCUUUGUGGUGCAACCACAACUGGGCGCUCCCAUGCAGGGCACACAUCUGCGACUGCAGGCCAAUCAGGUGGUGGGAAAAGUGAACUUCAACAGUCUAAUGGAACCCUUUGAGGAUAUGGUGCUGCCGCUGCUGUGGGUCGAUCUGAACAUCGAUGUGCUCUCGUUCAGCCUGCGGAUGCUCAUACACGGCAUCAAGUGGGGCUUCCAUCUGCUGCAGUGGACCGCCGCCCUGGGAAUGCUGCUGGCCGGCGUUUACCAGUUGUGCGCGGCCCUAAUGGUAUGCUUCUGGCCCUCGGCCGCGCAGCAGCAGUUCCUUAAGGUGGAACAGGCGGAGAAGGGCGGACGGCCGUGCAGUUUGACUUUGGCGGCGUCCACACUCCGCAAGUCCUCGGCUGUGGCGUCGCUGCAGGUGGAGCAGGAGGAGCAGCAUCUAUUGUCCGAUGGCAGCCCAAGCUUGACGCCCAAGCUACCGGAAGAGGCUUAGGGCACAGCCACAGGCGCAGGCAAGAGAACUCAAGAAGGGGAUGGAUGGACUGUGGACUGUUCCCCCCACUGUGAUAUUAUGAGUUAAGAUUCGGUGUAAAUUAUUUUGUGCUCAUUGGAAACAACUUAGGGAACAUUCUAUGCUUACGUAAUAGUUAACGAUAACGAUAAAGAUAACGGAAACGAUAACGAUAACGAUAGCGCUAGGGUUGAGUUUGUCCCCACUCGAUAAAUACAGGUCGAUAGCUAUGGCCUUAGCUUUAA